UAAAAUACUGUCACUUCCUGAUCUCACAAAGUUCCGUUAUCAAUGAAUCUCUCUACACUGCAUGCACAAUUAAUCUCUUUAUUUGCAUCCUGUACACCUUGUUUUGUAACAAUGAGGCGAUUCUCAUAGCAUUUUGAGUGGUGAGUAAAUUCUGACUUGAACUCUUUUAAGAGUGCUUUUUUUACUGCGGGGAAAAAAAGAUAAAAAAAGAUGUGGCGUGGGAGCGUGAGAACAGUGACUUUGCUUAAGUUAGCAGAACUAUAGCCUAUUGCAUGUUUAAAUAGUUGAAGAUGCACUGUAAAAAUAAAUAAAUAGAAAUAAAAAUUCAGUUGUCUUACAUUUUUAGUUGAAUCAAAUUUGAUGUAUAAGUCAUUCAGCUUCAUCUGAAAGUUUAAUUUAUUCUACGACAUACAUGUAUAUGAAUAUUUACAUAUUUAUAUGGCAAUAUCUUAUUGAAGAUUUGUCAUAAAAGCAACACUAUAAAUCCAAAAGGAAGAUGUCUGAAAUGUACAUCUAAUUUAUGGAAAUAUUAAAUAAUAACCCCAUUAAUUACAAUAAAUACCAAAUUUAAAAAUAACAACCUCCCACAUAAAGUGGGGCUUCUGUGUCACCUCUGAGGGUCCCGUCUUACCCCAAUAGUCUUAUCUUAUUGUCCAGAGAAAGAAAAAAAUAUACUUUGCUCUAUGGGGAGAAUCUUACCCCAAUAUUUCUACAUCAAAAUAUUCAAGUAUGUUCUAAUGGCAGAAUGAACUUUGACACUUUUGCUGUAUUUUUAGCUUUGAUGUACUUAAAAUGCUUAGGUUUGAAAAAUUAUAGUGGUGAUUUAUUUUGUCUUUUUUCCAAAUAAACUUUGAAAGCUUAGAUGAGAAUCUGUGAUUUGUUGUUGUUGUCUGUUUUGUUCCAGGUGUGUCUGGAGUUUAUUCAGAUGAAACAGUGAUAUCAGUGAUGGAGGGAGAUUCUGUCACUUUAAACACUGAUGUAACUGAACUACAGAAAGAUGAUCUGAUACUGUGGACAUUUAGACUUAACAGUUCAGAGAAUCGUAUCGCUGAAAUCUAUAAACAGAUCGUCUCUAUAUAUGAUAAUAAAGAGAAUAAUGAGAGAUUCAGAGACAGACUAAAGAUAGAUGAGCAGACAGGAUCUCUGACCAUCACAAACAUCAACAAAUUACACUCUGGACUUUAUAAACUACAGAUCAUCAAUGGAGGAGUCAAACACAAGAGCUUCAGUCUUGCUGUCUAUGGUCUUCUGACUGUUCCAGUCAUCAGUGAUUUUCCUCAAAACCCAUCAGUAUCAGAAAGAUCAUCAGAGCAGAAUUGUUCACUGCUGUGUUCAGCUGUGAAUGUGAGUGCUGUGACUCUCUCCUGGUACAAAGGAAACAGUUUAUUGUCCAGCAUCAGUGUGUCUGAUCUCAGCAUCAGUCUCUCUCUACCUCUGGAGCUUGAGUGUCUGGAUGAUUCUUACAGCUGUGUUGUGGCUUAUUCAUUCAUCAACCGAACUACACACCUCAACACCACUGAUCUCUGUCAGACAUGUUCAGGUACGUCAGCACUGGGGUUUUUUCACCAAACUAUUGUUGGGACGGUUUAUCUCUAAAUGAUUCAUAAAAGAACUCAUCGUCACAUAUUUGUGUCUGUGCUGUAUCUUAGCACAUUAAUUACUGUUAUGAUCUAUAUAUAUAUAUCUAUAAAUGAUAAAAAACACAAUAAAAUGUAAAAAAAAAAAAAAAAAAAUGUUUAAUACAGGAAAUAAAAAUUAACUUUUUAUCAAAUUAAGUAAAUAAUUGACUGAUUAAUCAAUCAUUGACUUAAAUUAUUAACUUCAGACAUAAACAUUUAGGUGCAUCUUUUAUAAUAUUUACCCCAAUUAGAUCUGCUGGUAUUUCUUCUUGAUUGAAGUCUGGUGAGAUUAAUUUACAGUAAAGGGGCAGCUGUGGCCUAAUGGUUAGAGAGUUGGACUUGUAACCCGAAGGUUGCAGG